AUUACUUAUCCUUUUGGAUGACCAUGAUGAGAAAAGACUUGAAUUUGAAUAGCCCAUUCAAAAAAAGCAUGUCACAUCAUACCUGCUGCUCCAGCUACACAUGCAUCGAUGGGUCAUUUGACUGGCCAUGUCAAUAACGAUAGGUGCAUACACAAAACUUUCACCAUCUAAAGGUUUGACACCUUCACUCAUACCUGCAGAGCAGAAUGGUGCCGCAGAGGUCUUAAAAGACGGACAAGAGAGCAGAGUGCAGCAAACUUAUCAAGGCUGCAAAGAAAGCACUUACCGAGAAGCCAGAAAAGCGGGAUAUAUCAGAUCCGCUGGAUGGUCAGUAAGAAUUACAGAUCGCAGCUGUAGAUUAUUUGUCAAAGAAGUGUUCGCUCAAAAGCCAAGAAAGCGGGAUAUCUCAAAACCAUCGGAUGGUCAGCAGAAAGAACUGAGGAUUACGGCUGUAGAUUAUGCAAAUAAAUCCAAGCUAUCAAGCAAGCCAUUAUGCAAACGUCAAAGAAGCGUGAUAUCUCAGAUCCAUUUGAUGGUUAUAAGAAUUCAAAAUGGUCAAACAUAAAGCAGCAGCGAUGCAACAUAUCAAACAUAUUAAGGCUGUCAAGCAUCAAUUGCUGGGAAGCCGAAAGAACGUGAUAUCUUCAUUCCAUCA